CUCUUACCUCUCUGUCUCAUACAGAGAAGCUUACUCUACCCAAUAUCCACGAGCACCUCUGUACACCUCCAAUGGCAUUAUCUCCGGCCCUUUUACACUCCGCCGGAUCCACAUUCUACGGCCAGUUACCUCCGACAUCCGUGCGUUUAACGUCUGCCACACGCUGCCCUUGUUCCGGUGGCUUGUUGGUUACCGCUAUGUCAUCGGUGGUCCUCGUAGAGAAAAGCGAAGCCGAGAAAGUCAACCGUCUCAAAACCACUUACCUCGAGAAAAUCGUCCCCUUGCUCAAAGAAGAGUUCAAAUACACCAAUGUUCACCAGGUUCCAACAGUCGAAAAGAUUGUGGUGAACUGUGGUAUUGGAGAUGCUGCGCAAAAUGCAAAGGGCUUGGAUGCAGCUAUAAAUGAUUUGGCACUUAUCACGGGUCAAAGGCCAAUAAAGACGAGAGCAAAGAAUGCUAUUGCCACCUUUAAGAUAAGAGAAGGCCAACCACUUGGAAUUGCAGUUACUCUAAGAGGAAACGUGAUGUACUCUUUUCUUGAUCGGCUCAUUAAUCUGGGACUUCCUAGGACUAGGGAUUUUCAAGGGGUAAGCUCCAAUAGUUUUGAUGGACAUGGAAACUACAGCAUUGGCUUCCGUGAACAGAGCGUUUUCCCGGAGAUAAGUUAUGAUAUACUUGGUAAGCCACGGGGAAUGGAUGUUUGCAUAACCACAACAGCAAAUACAGAUAAAGAAGCCCAUAAAUUACUUGCUCUAAUGGGAAUGCCAUUUAGAGAAGGUGGUGGUGGCCCCACAACCGUGGUGCGGAAGAAGAAACUUAAAUCACACCAUUUUGACUCCAAGUCAAAAUCAAAGCAAAGAACCAAGAAGAGGUAAACCUCUGUCUUUUGUCAAGGAAUCAAGCGCUCGUUUAGGUUAACUGUAAAAUGAAAAUAGUCUAAUUUCUGGUUGAUACUAUUGUUCAUUUGUAUUAUUCUGUAUUUGGCUGGUUUUUUCCACGAUGUAAUGUUUAGCAAAAUGCGAUGUUUGGAACAUAAGCUAAUCAAUCUCACAUAGCUUCCCGAUCC